AUGUCUUGCACGUCACGCACUGCCACAGCGUACGGUCGACGGUCAGGUCCAUCGCACGAUUUCGAUACAAACGCCAUAUCACUCAAGCCCCGUUCUACAUCUUCCAAAACACCGCAUUUAAGCCAAUCAAGGGUACAUAGCGCACCUUUAACAGUACGACCCCGUUAUGUGCCGCCCUUUUCAAUACAGUCGCAGCAAAAAAACACUGUUGUCAUCAACGGACCCAUUAACGAAGCAACAGUAUCGGCAAGUGCCCGCGGUAAAGCGCCGAAUCCGACAGCCGGAAGAAAGGACCAAAAAUCCAUAACCACAUUCAAUGUCGCUGUCGGUUCAAAAACCAUCUCGCCCAGUGCAAGCUCUAUUCAGUGCAGCACAUUGUUUCGAAUGUAUUUCGACCGCGGAGAUUUGCCCAUUAAAAUGGAGUACCUUUGCGGUGGGGAUAAAAUUGGUUGGACGGUGGACAUUGAGAAACUGGAUUACAGCUUAUACCUACCGCUCUUCUUUGAUGGUCUAGCUGAAACGAAACACCCCUACAAGACAUAUGCACGACAGGGCGUCACCGAUUUGCUAUUGGCGGGUGGAGAUAAAAUCCAUCCUGUCAUACCACAAUUAAUUUUACCACUGAAGAAUGCAUUGAGUACACGAAACUUGGAAGUUAUGUGCACAACUUUGAAGAUAAUACAACAGUUGGUUAUUUCAUCGGAUAUGGUGGGUCCAGGCUUGGUACCUUUCUACAGACAAUUGUUGCCCAUGUUCAAUGCUUUUAAAGUUAAGAACUUAAACUGCGGUGAUGAAAUAGAUUAUGCUCAAAAGAACAACAUGAAUUUAGGUGAUCUUAUUGAUGAAACACUGCAAGUGCUGGAACUUCAUGGUGGAGAAGAUGCCUUUAUAAAUAUUAAGUAUAUGGUACCAACCUAUGAAUCCUGCUAUUUAAACUAAAAUAAUCAUU